GAAACGCUUCUUAAAUAGUCGUGACGACAACCUAGGGUCUGUUAAGUAACAUAAUUCUACAUUCGUUACAAGGGGUAUCACUGUAUCCUCUUCUUUCGCUUCUUGUCGACUGAUUGCUGCAAGAGUUGCAUGAGGCAAGCGAGCAAGUGGACCAUGCAGGGUCAAAAGUUACCUUCUUCGUGAACUCCUCAUCACUGUUGCUGUUGCUACUGCUACACCACUUGAUGACGACACCAGCAGUCUUUGCUCUGCUCGUCGACGACGUGAGCAUCACGUGUACUUCUAGCAUCAAUGACGUCACAGAGGCUUUGUGGGAUAGUGACGUCAACCGAUUGCGCUCUGACCAAUAUACACUCAAUCUGCAGUCACGUGCCAGCUCGUCGGCCAGAGAGGAUCGUGCCUCGUCUCCCUUGUUCACCUACGUUGAUCCCGCUGUUCUGACGAGACCCACUUUCAAGGCCUUCGUCGCCCUCCAGGACAACUACGACCCCACUCCGCACGCAGACGACAGGUUGUCCACCAGUGACGUCAACGAGGCCGAUGCGUUUCUUCCACGCGGUUCUACAGACAAAGGUCAUGCACACCCUGCUGAAGUACCUCAUGUGCAGAAACGUAGUACACAACGAGGAGGGUCUGCGCUCCAUGUUGUGGAGCCUGUGGUUCGAACCCUACCCGCGAUCCGCGCACGGGAGUCCUGACAGCUCCGGCUUCGAACACGUGAUGGUGGGUGAGUUCCAGACUAACACAACA